AUGCAGGUCGGCAGGGGCCCAGGCCGAAAUUGCCAGCCUCGCCAUGCCCGACUCUUGCCAACGCGGGGCGCUUCUAUUCCACCUUGCUUACUGCACAACGGUUUUCAGCUUGCUCAUAGCGUGGAGGUGGCAAGUGGCUCCUCCCUGAUCUGGGAGGGGUUCAUGGCCGCGCAGCAGCCCGCCUACUUGUUUCGGAACACGGUGAACAUGGAAGCCUGUUCGCCAGAGAGAGAACAACUCCUGUCAACUGGUCACUACACCCUUGUUGAUGUGCGCUGCCGGAGUUGCUGCACACCACUGGGCUGGCGGUAUAUCAAGGCGAGCCGAGGGGAGCAAAAGUACAAGGAGGGCAGCACCCUGCUGCAACAGGAGUUGCUGACAAGGGUCAACACAGCACCAAAAAGAAGGGGAGCGGAUGGCCUUCCUCACACCCUCGAUUUCCGAAAUGUGCAGCCUUAUGACUCGCAGACAAGCCGAUGA